UCUGAAAGCUUAAUGUUUGUUUAGGUAUUAGUUUUCUUACAGAAACAAAUCAGUCUUUUGAAAUUUGCAUUAAUAUUAUAGUAAUUGUUGUGUACAAUGACGUCAGAAAAGGAUCCGCUCGUAAGUGAGAGAUCAGGAACUGUGCGCGAAGUAGGAAACCACACAAUAUGGAGCUUAUCGUCGUGUAAACCAGGUUUUGGAAUUGAUCAGCUGCGUGAUGAUUGUAUGGAUACAUAUUGGCAAUCAGAUGGCCAGUUACCUCACCUUGUCAAUAUACAGUUUCAAAGGAAAACUAUGGUCUCACAUAUUUACAUCUAUACUGACUAUAAACUUGAUGAAAGUUACACACCCAGUAGAAUUUCUAUUAGGGCUGGGACACAUUUUAAUGAUCUACAGGAAAUUGAAGUGAUUGAAUUAAUUGAACCAAGUGGAUGGGAAAUGAUACCAAUCAAAGAUAUUCAUGAUCGGCCUAUUAGAACAUACAUGAUCCAAAUAGCAGUGUUAAGUAACCAUCAAAAUGGAAGAGACACACAUAUGAGACAAAUAAAAAUUCAUUCGCCUUGUGAACCAACAUCAUUUGAUAUUAACAAAUUUAGGAAUUUUUCUACUGUAGAGUUUCAGCAAUAUGCCACUAUUCGAUAAUAUAUUAAUUUUUAUUUUAAUUACGAUUUUUUAACAUUACUUUAUAUAAUAUUAAGAAACAACUAUUAUUAAUUGAGAAAUAAAAUAU